AUGGACGGAAACGAAGAAGAUUUUAGCUCUCAGGUUGUUGAAGUUUACGAGCAUAAGAAGGAGUGUAUUAAUUCUUGCACAAGAGAUGGAUCGGUUGAUUUUUAUGGAAAACCAGCUUUAAAAGCUACAACUGGUGGAUGGAAGAGUGCAUCAUUGUUGCUAGUGAAUCAAGGAUUGAUUGCAUUGGCUUUUUCUGGAAUUGAAGCAAAUUUGGUUCUCUUCUCAAAGUUAGUAUUGAAACAGACUAAUGUUGAGGCAGCAAGCACUUUUAGCAUAUGGAUGGGAACCACUUAUUUCUUCUCUUUAAUUGGAGCUUUUCUUAGUGACUCAUACUUGGGAAGAUACCUCACUUGCAUCAUAUUCCAGCUUGUUUUCAUCAUAGGCUUAGUGAUACUAUCCUUAUCAACUCACUUCUUUUUCCUGAAACCUCAUGGUUGUGAACAAAAAGGAGUGCCAUGUGAAUCAGAUACUCAAAAUCAGUUUCCAUUAUUUUACAUGUCAAUAUACCUAAUAGCUCUAGGAAGUGGAGUUUCUGACCCUGCAUUACCAACACUUGGUGCUGAUCAAUUUGAUGAAGAAGAACCUGCUGAACAAAGAUCAAAGACCUUAAUUUAUGGCUACUUUUAUGUGGCAUUGAAUUUGGGAUCAUUGAUUGCCGAGACUGUGUUGGCUUACAUAGCGAUUACAGGACAUUGGGUGAUGGGAUUUUGGAUAUGUACUGGUUGUGCUGGUGUUUCCUUUGUUGUUUUGCUGAGUGGAACUCUUAGAUAUAGACACUAUAAGAGUUUUGAAAACCCCUUCUGUAAGUUUACACAAGUAAUUGUGUCCUUUUUGAGGAAAGUGAAAUCUCAAAUACACUCAAUUGGAGAAGGCUUCUAUGGUAUUCAAAGGGAUGAUACUUGUGGUAGAAGAAUACAUCACACAAAUGGCCUCAGGUUUUUGGAUAGAGCUGCUAUGAUUUCUGAUGAUGCAACUGAGAUGUUGCUAGGUUCAACAAUGGACAGAACUUUUUUCAACUUUCAAAUCCCUCCCGCUAGCAUGACAACGUUUGAUAUUAUUAACACAUCAACUUUUAUCAUACUAUUUGACGUUCUUAUCAUUCCAUUAUACAAAAAACUGAUGAAAAACCCUCCAAAACUUCCUAGUGAGUUACAAAAUAUCGGUAUUGGAUUCGCCAUAGCAACAUUAACAUUGAUUGUGGCUGGUUUUGUAGAGAAGGAAAGAUUAAAUUUUGCUAGCGAAAAUGGCGAAGAGACAAGUUCUUUGAGUAUUUUUUGGUUGGUACCACAAUAUAUGUUUUUAGGAGUAGCAGAAGCUUUUGUGUAUGUAGCACAAAUGAACUUUUUUACAUCACAAUCACCUGAUGGAUUGGAAAGCUUGGGAAUGGGGUUGUAUAUGUUUUCAUCUGCACUUGGUUGUUAUGUUGGUAACUUUAUUUUGACUGUGGUAAAUAAAAUUACAUCAAGUGGUCAAGGACAACAUGGCUGGGUUUCACCUAAUCUAAAUGAUGGUCAUUUAGAUUUAUAUUUUUUUUUGUCAUCACUUUUUAUUUUCAUUGACUUGAUAUUGUAUAUUAUAUGUGCUAAGAGAUAUAAGGGCAUAUAA